CAUAUUCUUUGUUCUAGUGUAGUGUUCAACGCAUUCUUACAUCUCAUUGAAUGAUGUAUUCUGGAAACGGCAUAUUCUGGUUUGUCUGUGUUUUCCUAUGUGUUUUCAUAAUUUCUUCAGGAAAUGCGAGCGAUCCAUGUCUCCCGCUAACCACCUGUGGAGAGUGCAUUCGCGUGCUAAAUUGUGUUUGGUGUUCAAAAGUGAGCACUUCGAAAAAUGGAACUAAUCGAUGCCAACUGAGAGACCGAAUGGAGUCCUGUCCUUCCGAAUCGCUCAUUGAUCCUGUUCCAAUAUACAAAGUUAUUGAAGAUAACCCUUUGACCAGAUCGAACCGUAAAAGUGAACCUAUUCAACUUCACCCGCAAAGAGCUUCUCUCACUAAUCUGCGUCACGGAUUGGUCUAUAAUAUUUCCCUGCAGUACAAGGUUGUGAAAGAUUACCCAGCUGAUUUGUACUAUUUGAUGGAUGUGUCACAAUCGAUGUUUUACGACAAGGAGAAUCUCGUACGAUUGACAGAAUCGCUAGUGGAAUCUAUGCGAAAUUUAACAAAGGAGUUCAAAAUAGGAUUCGGCUCCUUCGUUGAUAAAAACGUUCUCCCGUUCGUUGAAAGAAUUACUGAAUCUUGCGGCGGUCCUCCGAUAGGCUGCGCUAUAACUUAUUCGUUUCAACACAAAUUGUCAAUGACCGACGAUGUCACUAAAUUUGCUGAAACCGCAAAUUCUACAAAAAUCGUGUGGACUUACGACGAACCAGAAGGUGGGUUUGAUGCUCUUCUUCAGGCUAUGGUGUGCCACGACCAAAUUGGAUGGAGUCCAAGAUCCCGUCGUUUGAUUGUUUUUGUAACCGAUGCUCAUGCUCAUCUCGCUGGAAAUGGAAGAUUAGGUGGCAUUGUCAAACCUAACGAUGGCUUUUGCCAUCUUGAUCCAAAUGACAACACGUACCGAGAACCUUUAAAUCAGGAUUAUCCGUCUCUUGGUCAAAUUAGUCAUUUGGCAAAGAAAAAUGACAUCAAUCUUAUCUUCGCGGUUACAGAUAAAGUUGCGCCUAGCUAUCGGGAAUUUCAAAAGGUCAUUUCCGGUUCCUCGGUUGGUAUCCUCAGCUCAGACUCGGAAAAUAUUGUCAACCUGAUUAGAGACAGUUACAAAAAUAUCUCCACUUCCGUUGAGAUGACCGAUACAGCAGGCGCUUCGGUGAGGGUGCGCUACUACACAGCUUGCAAGGGGACUUUGGUGCAAGAAAAUAGGAAAUGCGAUCAUUUAGAAAUCGGAGAUGUAGUCAACUUCAAUGUCAGCAUUGAGGCGAUAGAAUGCCCAACAAAUAUUUCUGCCCGUAAUCAAAUCAUCCAGUUCCAACCAGUCGGCGUGAACGAAGUUUUCACGUUACAUCUUGAAAUCGUUUGUGAUUGUCCUUGUGAGAAGCCUGGAAAUCCGGGUUUCAUAGCAAACGCUCCCGAGUGCAAUUCCGUAGGGAAUUUGAAGUGCGGCGUAUGUGAAUGUGAUAGCUCACACAUUGGCAAUAAUUGUGAAUGUUCAGCAAAUGUCAAUAUGGCUGAUAUGGACUCACAGUGUAAGCAGGAUAACACGACAGAUGUUUUGUGCAACAAUCGUGGCGAGUGUUUGUGUGGUACGUGCAAUUGUCAGGAACGUCCCAACCCGUUAGAGGUCAUCAGCGGAAAAUAUUGCGAGUGUGACAAUUUUUCAUGCGAUCGGACUGAUGGAAUUCUUUGUUCGGGUCAAGGCGAAUGCAAAUGCGGGCAGUGUUUAUGUAACGACGGAUGGAUGGGAAAUGCUUGCGACUGUAUGACAACGGAUGACUCUUGCAUGCCCAUUGGUGGGGGAGAUGUAUGCUCGGGUAAUGGUGUCUGCAAGUGCGGCAGCUGCGUUUGUUCGGGUAAUUCGCAAGGGCAAUACUGUCAAGACUGUCCGACAUGCCCCAGCAGAUGUGACGAUUUUACACCUUGCGUCCAAUGUACCGUCUUCAAGACGGGACCUUAUAUGGCGAAUAACGAGGAAGCUUGCAAAAGAGAAUGCACUUACCGCAUUACAGUUGAAGAGACUGUCAAAGUGGAGGAAUCGUCCGAAAGAGACUGCUCCUACGAGAACGAACAAAAGUGCACAGUGAAAUUUGUUUACGGUUACGAUUCCAAUGGCGCUAGACAAGUCCGCGUUCAACAAGAUCCCGUCUGCCCUGAUCCUGUCCCAGUUUUGGCUAUUGGACUAGGAUUACUUGGCGCCAUUGUUCUGGUCGGCUUGGCUCUCUUGCUUUUGUAUCGCAUCUUCACCUAUGUAUACGACAAAAGAGAGUACGCCCGAUUUCUUAAUGAGAAAGAAAACGCCAAAUGGAGCAGAGAAAACAACCCUCUCUACGUCGACCCUACGAGAACUUUUAAAAAUCCAGCCUAUAACUCAUAACGCGAGAGUGGAUGCUAAUCUGCUAAUUUCAGGCAUCAUCAUCUUUAAUUCACAAAAUCAAAUACCAUGGAGCAAACUAGGGAACAUUUAAUCAGAAAUUUAAAAAAAAAAUGAAUAAAUUGUUGGUUUCACUCCGUUUAAUCAAAUUAGUGUAUUGGAACUCAACAGAAAACACGCAUAUGGUAGUUCUCGUUAAGUGGAAAUUUUUGUAUUUUUAGCGAAAUAAAUCAAAAGAGAAGUCCAA